AUGCCCCCCAAGCGCAAGCGACCCGACCGGCCUUCGGGCGAAGGCGGGCGACCAUCUCCACACCGUCCGAGCGACUCCAGUCUGGGCCAGCACGACAGAGACGAUGCCAACAAUAGAAACGGCAGCCGACCUCGUGGCGGCCACCGAGGGGGCAGCUUCCAGCGACGUGACUCGACCCAUGGCCAUGGGCGGAGAGAUUCUGGCCCUCAGAACGCGCCCUCCGGCACACAGAAUCAGCAGACGCCCACGCCCUCUCGGAGCGCAAGCAAUCCUACGCAAGGAAGACCCUUAUCGCCGACGGCAACCAAGCAGCAGAAGCCUUCGUCCUCGCCAGUCCCAGCCAAACAGAUAGCUCCUCCGCCCCCAAAUGCCCCUGCUUCGAAGCAAACUGCGGAGCCCGUCAACCCAAACUACCACUACGAGAACCUCACCGAUGACAGAGUCCGGGCUUGGAACGAACGGGGCCGACAGGAGAUCGUCACACACGGCAUCCAGUCGCGGGAAGACGUGGACAUCACGGAACUCUCAACUCUAUUCCAAGAAUUCAUCCACGCCGUGGUAGCUGGCAGGAUAGAUGCCGCCGACGCGGGAACGUGCGUCAAAGACAUUCUCGGGGAGCAAACGUCGGACGUAAUUAAGGAUUCCUACGUGUUUGCGCCACACACCCUCUUUCUCGACACGCUCUCCGUCGUACUGGACAACAACAUGGACCUUUACCGUCCAGCUCUCCGCGACUUCCUCGUUGCAACCGCUGUCUCUCCGGCGUUAAUGCGGGAAGUUCUCGACGCACCCCUCCUUCAGCAACUUGGCCUCAUCAGGGACACGUUUGCCAGGCUGGGAGUUCGGCAGGCCACCAACCUCCUCUACCGCCAAGCCAACUACAACCUCCUCCGUGAGGAGUCUGAAGGCUACUCCAAGCUCAUCACCGAGCUCUUUUCGACCAACAGCGUUCCCCCGCCCGCUCCCGGCAAGACCUUUGAGAAGAUCAAGGCGCUCAUUGGUACCUUUGACCUCGACGUUGGGCGGACACUCGACGUCACCUUGGACGUUUCGGCUGCCGUGCUUAUCAAGCAAUACAAGUUUUUCGUCAAAUUCCUGAGGAUCAGCUCUUGGUGGCCAUCCAAGCGCGACAACGACGGUUCGCCCUUCAUCGGCGGCUUGCCAAUGUGGGCGGAACCUGACUACCCGCAUUGGUCAACCGCUGAAGAGGAUGAGGAACGAAACGCACAGCGCAAGCUGGAGCGUGAUACCGCGUUCUGGGAUCGCGCCCGCGAGGUGCAUCUUGCGGCUUUCUUCGAGCUCGGCGGGAGACGGGUGACGGAGAAGCAUCUCGAACGCCUCAUAAGUAAUGGCAACGAAAGCGGAGACGCCACGGCGGAUGCCGAGCGCAAGUGGAUUGAAGAGACGAAAACUCUCCCUGCCCCUGGAAACCGCGUGGCUGCGCAACUGCUCGGCUUCAAGCUACGCUUCUACAACUCUGAGAUGCGGGACCAGGAGGAUGUCCUGCCCGCCAAUCUCCUCUACCUGGCCGCUCUUCUCAUCAAGAUUGGAUUUCUGUCGCUGACCGACCUGUACCCUCACCUGUCACCUGCCGAUGCGGACAUGGACAAAGUCCGUGAGGAGCAAGCGGAGAAGCUCGCAAAAGCAGAGCAGGCGUCCCGAGGUGGCCAGAUGAACGCACUCCUCAUGGCUGGCGUCCUCCCUCAAGGCGACGAUGACAAUCCGGCAGCGUCGAGCAUUGCAAAGAGGGAGCCCGCUAAAAAGACGGAGUCUGAACAGAAGAAACAGGACGCUGAAGUCGACGAGAAGAACAAGCUGCCAGCUCCACUGGAGCAAAAGGUGGCUCUUCUCAUCCAGCUCCUGACAAUUGGCGCUCUGCCCGAGUCGCUCUUCCUGAUCGGCCGCUUUCCUUGGGUCACAGAGGUUUGCCCGGAGGUUCUCCAACGCGUGCAUCGCAUCUUGCAUGUUUGCCUGAGCAAGGUAUUCAACGAAUGCCGGCCAUCACCAACGACGGUCACCACCGACUUCCCGACCAAGAACGUUCCCGACAUCGACCAGACGGGCAUGCCCAAGGGCAGUGUGCGACUCCAUCCGCUUCCCAUCAAGAAAAGUUGGCGCUGGCCAUUCCCUGACAAGUCUGAUACCAACGAGAAUCAGAGCUACCAUUUCUACUGGGAUGAAUGGUCGGAUAACGUACCUGUCUGCCAGACAGUGGAUGAUGUUUUCACCCUUUGCAGCACGCUUCUCAACAUCUCCGGCGUCAACAUCGGCAAGGACGAGGUCCUGCUCUCCAAGCUUGCCAGUAUUGGCGCCAAAAGCCUGGCAGAGGAUCAGUCAGACGCCAACCGUGCACGUUGGCAGGAUCUCCUUCGCCGCCUCUUACUUCCUGCUCUCAGUCACACCAAGGCCAAUGGCUCGGUAGUGGGCGCAGUGUGGGACCUCGUCAAGCAGUUCUCGCUCACUACGCGCUACUCCAUGUACGCAGAAUGGUUCGAGGGCCAGACAUCUCGCCUGCCGGCCAUGAAAUUGGCCUUCGCCAAGUCAGCGUCCGAGACAAGGGCCACGAUGAAGCGUGUUUCCCUCACCAACUUGAGCGAGAUGGCGAAGCGCCUUGCCAAGACGAGCUACGCCUCCCCCGGCAUCGUGUUCAAGGUCGCCUUUGAACAGCUGGAAGUCUACUCGAACUUGAUCGAGGCGUUCGUGGAAUGUGCAAAAUACUUCACCGACCUUUCUUACGAUGUGCUCGUAUGGUCCUUGAUGAACUCGCUGGGCAAAUCGCGAAGUCGCACACAGGAGAACCACGCCCUCACAACCAGCAAGUGGCUCCAGGCCCUGUCAAGAUUCUGCGGCAAAGUCUUUCGGCGGUACCCGACGCUGGACCCCAUCCCGGUCCUGAAAUAUGUCGACGAGCAGCUUUUUCACGGCAAUUCCACAGAUCUCAUCAUUUUGAAGGAGUUUGUCACCUCGAUGGGCGGCAUCGUCGACGCUAUCGAUUUCACAGACGACCAGAUUCUAGGCAUGGCUGGUGGAGCCUUGCUUCGGCGGCAGACACUCAUCCGCGCCCAAGACAAGCGAUUCGAAAAUAUCAAGAGCUCGGCUCGUCUCAUGCAGGCUCUGUCCGACUCUAAGCUUGCCGCCCGCCUGCUCGUCAAUCUGGCUCAGUAUCGACAAGCGGCCAUUUACCGGGUGCCUGAAGACGAGGCUCACAUCAAAUACCUUUCCUCAAUCAUCGACGACUCACAGCAGACCCUGAUCCAAUAUCUCGACUUCCUCUGGAGCAAUCUCGACGCCCAGGAGUUCGACGCAAUGGUGCCAUCGGUGCCGGCGCUCAUCAAGUCAUUUGGCUUGAGUGUGGAUGUUGCUUUUCUGAUUGGGCGAGCCAGCCUGGCACAGCAGAUGUUUCCCUGGAAGUCCCCCAAGUCAAAGCGCGAGACGAGCGAGAAUGCCAAGCCGGUGGUCGACAAGGAAGGGGAUGUGAGCAUGUCUGACGCCAAACCUCAGGGUUCGGCGGUCAAGGAUUCGUCUUCAUCGGAGGCCGUAGACGCGGCGGACCAACAAAAGACGGACGACACCUCGCUCUCAUAUACGGCGUCGACUGCGUUGCAGCCAGUCGUAGAGGCUAUCCGAGACACCGUCAAGCCCGAAGUCUGGGAGAAGAUGACCCCGGAGCUCUACGCGACGUUCUGGGCUUUGCAGCUGGGAGACCUCUGCUUUCCCGAAAAGGCCUAUGUGGAUGAGCGCAACAAACUCAUGGCAGAGUGGCACGCCAUCUCCAACGAUCGCUCCGAUAUGACGCGCAGGGGUCUGGACCGCAAAGCGCAAAGAAAGAAGGAGCUCAUGGACACUUCCGACGAUAUGAUCGCCGAGUUGAGCGGCCAUGGGCUUCGCAAGGCCAAGUGGAAGUUUUACUUGACCAAGCAGUUCCAGACGUCCUUCCCUAAUCCCGAUGCCAAACCCGAAGCUAUUGCCGACAUCCUCCUAGAGCAAUGUGUUCUGCCACGACUCCUCCUUUCUCCUGCGGACGCAGAAUACACAUAUCGCUUCAUCAAGGCCCUGCACGAAUGGAACGCCCCGGUCUUCAAAUACAUGGCAUUCCUUGAUCGACUGUUCAACGCAAAUCGGCUGCGUACGCUGAUAUUCACGUGCACCGUGCGCGAAGCGGAGAACUUGGGCCGGUUUCUGAAGCUCAUCCUGGAAGACCUGUCGCGAUGGCACAAGAAUGUCCCUCUUGAAGACGACAAGAAGGAUACCAAGGCAGCCAAAGACGCUCCUCGCCUCGGCCCGUACGACAAAGAGGCGAAAGGCCCCAGCGACCAGCCUCGACUCGGUUUCGCUCUCACUGUCAAUGAGCAAGGGAAGCCCGAGACCUUCGUUGAGCAUGCCCAAUUCCGAGACAUGCUGUUCCGGUGGCACAAGAACAUCAACACGGCGCUGAAGAACUGCCUCGGCGGCUCUGAGUGGAUGCACAUCCGAAACGCCAUUACUGUUCUAAAGGCCGUUCUGAACUACUUCCCUGCCGUCGACUUCAUGGCAUCCCAGUUCACGACACAGCUGCAGAAGAUCACGAAGCGAGAAGCGGCCGCCAAGGAAACCCCUGACAGCGAAGAAGGUGGCCGAGUCGACCUUUCCGUCGCAGCGCAAGGCGCCAUGUCCCAACUGCAACAGAAGAAGGCCAAUUGGAUGAUGGUCCAGGCCUUCAGAUCCAACGCCGCUCCCGGCCCGCAAUCUGAAGCCGACAGAUCGUCAGCGUCAAGAUUGCGACCAAAUGCUCCCGACUUUAAGCCCAAGCCGCCCAAGCCCUCCACGAACAGGCCCAUUGCCUUGGAUGAAGAGGACGGUGAAGUCCGGGACGACCCGAUGUGCCAAUCCCGACACACCUUCCUUCGGAGCGCUUCGGACAGCCGAGGGCUCAUGAACGCCGUGAUCCUCGAGACACGCGUGAGCCACGACCUCCUCGAGAAGUUCCGCGAGAUGGUCGAGACAGCAGGGAGCCACGCGACGCUCGCGAUCGGCCCGUUGAGCAGGAUCGGCCCGGGAGACCGCCGCGCGAGCAUCCCGACCGACGCUCAAUGGAUAGCCCAGGCGAUGUCCGCCACGACCUGCCUCCUCGGCCUGGACAACAUGAGCGAGAACGGCCGCAUCGUGAGGCACGGGUCGGACGACUCACAGAACGCCAUGACGAACCGAGUCAGCCAGCCCAAGCACCACCUGCCUCAAAUCCGCCGCCGGAGCCUGCGAUGA